AAAACAUUUUGAAUCAACCUCAUUCACUCCGUUAAACCGGAAGUGAAGGUGUAUUUUGCGGAAGUGUCAUGGUAGCGGUAUGAGUACAAUUCGUCUGCAACUUGAGGAUCAAAUCGCCCGGUAAGCGGGUAGAUUACUUCUGAGUGAGAUCCCAUCAUUUUAUUGCAAACAUUCUCAGAACUGGUCAGAUGAUGGUCAUUGUGUGAGCUUGUGAACUGUGAUACAAUGGCUCUGCCUAGAGCUGUUCGUGAGUGGCUUUCCGAAUAUAAGGCCCUGUCGGCUGAUGAACUGCCAAGCUACGUGUCGACGGUGAGGCAGAAUGAAGAAUUAGUGACGAGUCUCUACUGUCUGUUUGACAGUCUCCCGUCACUGGAGUCCCUGGAGCCAGUGUACCAUCAGCUGUUUGAGUUUUACAGAUCACGGGAGUCCGGACUAAAGAGGUUCACUCUAGAGUUUGUACCUACUCUGAUCUGGUUAUAUCUCUCCUCCCUCAGUAUCAACGGCAAAAAGGGUUCCACUGGAUUAGAAGCAUUCCUAUUGGCUGUCUACAAUCUGGAAAUUGUGGACUCUGAUGGAAAACCAAAAGUGAAAUCAUUCCGCAUCCCAACAUUUGGACAAAGCUCUGUGUACCAUGAGCCUGUCAGCUUGGGCAGUCUUGCUCUCACAGAAAGUGUAUUGUCACGGUAUAACCAGACAGAGGCUAAGAUCUGGCAGUCCGGGCCCUUCCCCCAAUACGAGGCAAUCAACAGUCAAAACAGACAAGGAAUUCUAGCCUACCUAAUACAGUGUUAUAACGUAGAUGUGGCCAGCCUUUCCCCCGUGUCACAUCAGAUGAUGUGUAAGGCAUGCUCCAGAAUUGCAACAACUGGAUUCACAAACCUGCACCAGUUAGAGGAGGAUGAGGGUCAGCCACUGGCCAGCUUCCGUAUUGGAGAGGAAAGGUCAAAGGGCAAGAGGAGAAGCCAAGUAGGCGAACUACCCCCCAGGAUCCCUGUCAGCCCCGCCCUUCUAGUGGAGAUGCUCUCAGGAAUAUAUUUCAUCAUGUAUAAUGGACAAACAUCACCAGGGAUUAAGGCCGCUGUUGACAUCCAUCACAGAGCCUGUUAUGAACUCUAUGCAGACGUUUUACUGGUAACAAAUGCCAUACGCAACUCACUUCAGUGUAACGCGGCUGGACACUCCGACGGUCCAAUGGGCAUCAGCAUGUCCUUGACCCCGGCCACCUCUGGUCAUACCAUCUCCAAAUCUGCCAUUACCAAUGCUUCAUUUAGGGCACGCAAACUCCCAGAGGAUAUAAGUAUUCCGACGACAGAAGAAGGUGUUAAACUACAGACUAUCGAGGAGGACGGAGACAGUCACAAGCCUGUGCUCAAAUCAUCAAAAUCAGGAAAACUCUCGGCAGCAUUUGGGAAAAAGGGAGAAAAAUUCAAGUUGAAAGAUUCAAAGAAAGAAGGGGAGACAACUAGACAAAACGGUGACUCAGUUGACAAUGUACAGGUCAACGUAGUGAAAAACAGCUCUCGAUCAAUUGUAGAUACUAUAGAAAUGCAGAAAUAUUCCACUCACGAAGACCUAGAUGAGAAAAUUAGCGGUGGCGGCGGUGGGAGUAGCAUUCUCCAAAUGGCUAAACUCAAAACAACCAGCGCUUUAGGUCUCACAAAGGAACUAAAAAAUAAACAUUCUCGAAAUCCAUCUUCAUCAUCUGUAAAUACUGAAAAUUAUAGUACUGAUUUAUAGAGUUAUGUUAAUUUAUUAUAUAAACUGGUGGAUAUAUUUUAUUCAUAUUAAAGGUUAAAUUUGAUGGUUUAGUUAUUAUUUUUGUUAUGGUUAAGGUGUCGUUGUGUAAUUGUUUAGAACCACACAGUUGAACAUUGUACAGGGUACAAUUAUGAUGUUACUCAUGACCAAAAAGUCAAAUAGAAUUUAUUUUCCAAAACCAAGAUUCUAAUUUGUGAAAUUUUCAACUGUACUCAUUCAGUAGGUAAUAAUUUAAUGCAGUGACAGAGCUUGUUAUCAAUUGUUUUCAAUUACAGUUGUUUGUUUCAUCAGCACAUGUGAGAACAAUUAGUGCAAUAAAGCUUCCAGAUUGGACUUGAUAUUAAUUACCUCAAAUCAGUUGGUGAGAAUGUGGUGUUGAGUUGUAUUUAAAACAAAUGUGUUGAUAAAGUUAAGGGGUCAUGUUAGGUAUACAUGAUGGACAUUUAGAUCAUUUUCUGGGUAUAUUACUGCAAACAUUCUGGGUAUAUGGUCUGGGAAGAUAACACCUCCAAUUGGCAGAGUUGCUUCCCUUCUUCUGCAAACUAUUUUUGUAGCUUGGAACAUGGAAAAGCCCUGGAAUACAUUGAAGUGCAGUGAUUUAUCUUUUGUUACGAAAGAAAGAGUAUUCAUGAAAUAUUCAUCCUCAAAAAUCAAAUCUUCAGUGCUUGGUAAGAAAGUAAGUUUCCAAAAAUACUUGCCAACAAAAAAAAAAUGAGUUUGUAAAGAAUGUAACAUUUUCUAAAAAUAAUAAUAAAUAAUGAUAGUGUUUGUGACAAAGUCUUGAGCUAUAUACAAUUUCAGUAUUGCGGCUUGAUAUACGACUAUAUGUCACAUGUUACAUAACUAUUUAAAUUUCCUUUGAUGUUCAUCAUUGUCCAGAAAGUCUUGAAAAUCCUUUAAAUUUAAGGACAGACAACUUCAACCAUUAUUUGUGCUGUUAUUAAUAGUUUAGAAUAACAUUUUUGAAAUUUAGCAUUCCAUUAUCAUUUUUCAAAAAAUAUUUCAUCAGUUUUUAAAACAAAGAAAAUGUUAUAGCAUAAGUAUAUAAUGAAUGUUUUAUAAGAGAUUUAAACUAUGAUGUAGAAGAGUCAACUGUUGUUCAUGUUCAAUAAAUGUUUUUAUCAUUUUGUAUGUUAAAAUAUUAUUUCUAUUGUUGAUCAAUUGUGUAUGAUCGAUUUGUGUUUAAAAUUUUACCAAUGGUGCAAACAAUAUAGGGGAGUCAAUAUGGGCCUGAAUGUUGACCCUUAAACUUUUUAUCUAUUCAGAAGAUCAAUUUUUUUAAUGUUCUUCAUACCCUACUUCAUACUUUGGACUUGGCUCACUUACAUAAGGCAUUUUAACUCUGACCUACACUAUAGAAAAAGUUUUAGCCACUUUGAGUAAGGUGAUGUGUCAUGUACCAAAAGUAGGUCAGUGACCUACAUUUUAAUCUGACCUACACUAGAAAAUUUUUUAGACAUGGCUUCACUUGAGUAAGGUGGUGUGUCAUGUACCAAAGGUAGGUCACUCUGACCUACGAUUUGACCUUUGACCUACAUGAAAGAAAAUAGUUUAUUUCACAUUCUGUAGCAAAUUUUCUUGUGUAUCAGUAUUUAUUUCUAGUUUUUCUUGCCUUGUUCCUUUAGCAGAGGUUCACAACAUCCCUAUGGCCAUUGAGCUUUUAAAAAUCCUUUUGGGGGACGUUAAGAAUAAUCCUGAUUGAUUUUAGAAAUAUGAACAGAUGAGAUUAAGGAUAUUAAACGUCUUUGUUGUCCUGGAAAAGUUGAGAAUACUCUCGAACAAUCUUCGGAAUACAUUGUACUAAUUAUUGAUAAGGUUCUUAGUGGUCCAUAUCAACUUCAACGAGUUUUACGUAUAUGUGUAGGUUUGGGUAGUGUGGCUGUACUCGAGAUCAUCAAUGUUUAGCUUGUGUGUUUAAUAUAAUAAAGACUUCUAUUUCUGCUAAA